GUUUCCUUCUGUAUCCGUCUCGCCUUCGAACGACAAAAUCCGAUUCCAUGGCUGCGCAGUUUUAUCUAUGAAGUUUAUCACCUACAACGUCUAACCGUACAAGGGGAAAACACAAGUUUUGGGGACGACGACUCCUUAUCGAAGACAUAUCGAAGUAUAAUGGAUCAAGUUGAUGAUGUUGAUGUGAACUCAACUGUGAACUCAACUCCAUUCUUGAGCACUUCCUUUUCUUCUAAACAAUGGAUUCCAUCUUGCCCUCCUGAUUGUAAACCUGCUGUUGGUAUGACUUUCUCUUCCUUAGCAGAUGCUAAUCUCUUUUACAAUCGGUAUGCUUCGAUAUGUGGAUUUGAAGUGCGGUUAGGAAGUGAUAAUAAACAUCGAGAUGGUACUGUUUUAAGGAAAUAUUUUCUAUGCAACAAACAAGGUUUUAAAGAGGAUAGUGACAGUACCCAAAAGCGUAUGCUUAAAUCUGAAAAACAGAAAUCUGGUAAAAGUGCAUCUCGCCGAACUGCCCUAAAGAGAACGGGCUGUCGUGCUUGUAUGAAAGUCCGUUUUUCUUCUUUUGGUUCAUAUACAGUAUACCGGUUUCAUGAGCCACAUACACAUGAGUUUACUACUCCCAAGAGUCAAAUGUUUCAAAAGCAAAACCGUAAUAUGACUGUGGUUCAUAAGAAAUUUAUUUUUGACAAUGCAAAGCUUAACAAGGGAGCAAGUUUGUCUUUUCAUAUGAUGAAAGAACAUGUCGGUGGGUAUGCAAACAUUGGUGCUUCUUUAGUUGAUUUUAAGAACUGUUAUCGUGAUUUGAAGACAUAUGUUAAAUAUGGAGAUGCGCAUAUGUUUAUUGAGUCUUUUAAGCAAAAGGUUGCUCAUUCAAGUGGUUUCUUUUUUGAUUAUGUUGUUGAUGAGACUCAGAGAUUGACUAGAGUUUUUUGGGCAGAUGCAUUAUGUAGGAAACAUUAUGCUUUGUUUGGUGAUAUGGUUACGUUUGAUUCCACAUUUAGCACCAACAAAUAUUCUAUGAUUUUUGCACCUUUUACUGGGGUUGAUAACCAUCGAAAAUGCAUUACCUUUGGUUGUGCCCUAAUUGCAAAUGAAGAUGUGGAUUCAUAUACAUGGGUUUUUGAUACGUUUUUGCGUUGUAUGGGUGGUUGUGAGCCUGUAAGUAUUGUGACAGAUCAAGACCCUGCUAUGAAAAUAGCCAUACCCAAAGUCUUUGAGAAGUCAAAGCAUAGGUUUUGCAUGUGGCACAUAAUGAAGAAAGUCCGUGAAAAAGUAGGGUAUAAACUUUGUGAUGAAACUGAUUUUCUUCUCCGUUUGAAUGCUGUUGUUUGGAAUCGUGAACUAGAACCUGAUGAAUUUGUUAGUGGUUGGUUGGCAGUUAUGGAUGAAUUUGGAUUGCAGAAACACGAUUGGUUUAUGAAUUUGUUUGAUAUUAGAGACAUGUGGAUUCCUGCCUAUUUCAGAGAUAUUUUUUUAGGUGGCAUUUUAAGAUCUACUCAAAGAUCAGAGAGUGAAAAUAAUUUUUUUAACCACUUUUUAAAUCCAUUCCUAUCGUUGGUUGAAUUUGCAUCUCGCUUUCAAACUGCCAUAGAGUCUCAACGCUACCACCAUGACCAGUUGCAUGCUAAUUCCAAGAAAUCAUUUCCUCAAUUGCUAACACCAUUACCAAUUGAAAAGCAUGCUUCUGAACUUUACACCCUCACUGUUUUUUACUUGUUUCAAACUGAGUGGAAAGCUGCUUGUUUUUCUUGUGGUAUUCAAAGCUUCAUUACCGAUGAAUCGGGCUUGGAUCAUGUGUGUGUUGUUGAUAUUCUUCGUGAGAAAACGUAUAAAGUUACAUAUAAUCCCGGUGAUCAUGCUAGUUCUUGCUCUUGCAAGAUGUUUGAGAGGGAAGGUAUCUUGUGCCGUCAUGUUCUAUUCAUAAUAAAAGGUAAGGGUGUUCGUGAGCUUCCCAGUCGAUAUAUACUAAAUCGUUGGACAAAAAAAGCUUUGGAAAAGCCUAUUUUUGACUGUUCUGGGAACAUAUUGGAAGAAUGUAUUGCUGAUUCGAAAAAUAAGUUGGUGGGUGAUCUGUGGUCAUCCUUUUUCAGUUGUGUUUCUCUUGCUGAAAGUUCAAAUGAUGAUUUGGAGAAGUUAUUGGACAUGAUUGAAUCUUUCAAAGGCUCUAUUCUUUCAAAACAUACUUCCAAUGAUGUUGGAAAAAGUUCAAAUGAUAUUGAAAGCCUCAUAGGUAUUAGCUCUUCAUCAGAAUAUAGCAUUCAUCCUCCGAACAUUUCUGUCAAUAAAGGCAGAAAAAAAAGAAUGAUUAGCAAGCGUGAAGAAGCUAUACAUAAAAAGAGGUCAAGUAAUGUAGGAAAAAGUGACGCUUGUGCAACAGAGGAUCAAGUCAAGAAGCCAAGAACAUGUAAAUCUUGUGGUGAAGUUGGUUUCCAUGAUAGUAGAAACUGCCCUAAUAAAGAAUGUGACACUUCUUCAAGUUCUUGAUACAUUGGACUCAUAUCCAUUAGCUUCCUGCCUCUUGCUCUUUUCCAAUUGAACUCAAACCAUGGACUCAUCUCCACUUGUUACCCCUUGAUCUCUUUAUCAGUUUUGGACUCUUGCUGCCUCUUAAACUCUUUUCCAGUUGUUGACUCUUGCUUUGUCUUUAAAUUUGUUGGAGCUUCAUUUUCUACAUUUUGCCAAGUUGUUGAUUAAGCUUUGCAUUUUAUUGUCUUCACUUUCUGGCUUUUCUUUUGUAGUUGUUAGUUUGUGAAGUCAAUUUUCUGUCUUUUUUGAGUUAUAGUCCGUGAUUCAACUUGUAAUGACACUUUG